UUACGAGCAGCUUGAGUAGAGAAUAACGGUGAGAUUGAGUGCUAACACUCAGUCAUGUUUGUUUACAGUGAAUCAGCUGAUCAGUUACAUUAGUACUGUACUGCAUAUUAUAAAUAGUUGGAUGUAGCUGGCAGGGAGUCUGUUAGCUAGUAACCCUCCAUAUUCAUCUAGAUCCAGCUUAAUGUGAGUGAUUAGGGUUAAAUCAGUUUAUUGGGAGAAGAUGCCGUGCACCUGUGGGAACUGGAGAAGGUGGAUCAGACCUCUGGUGGUGCUCCUCUAUAUCCUGCUUCUCUUAGUGGUGCUGCCUCUGUGUAUAUGGGAGCUACAGAAGUCAGAGGUUGGCACACACAACAAAGCCUGGUUCAUCGCUGGCAUUUUUGUCUUCAUGACGAUACCUAUAUCUUUAUGGGGGAUUCUUCAACAUCUGGUGCACUACACCCAGCCUGAAUUACAGAAACCCAUCAUCAGGAUAUUAUGGAUGGUUCCAAUAUACAGCUUGGAUAGUUGGAUUGCACUGAAGUACCCGAGCAUUGCCAUUUAUGUGGACACGUGUCGCGAGUGCUAUGAGGCCUACGUCAUCUAUAACUUCAUGAUCUUCCUGCUGAAUUAUCUUGAACGGCAGUAUCCCAGCCUGGUGUUGAUGCUGGAGGCGAAGGAGCAGCAGAAACAUCUGCCACCACUCUGCUGCUGUUCACCAUGGCCCAUGGGAGAGGUGCUGUUGUUGAGAUGUAAGCUGGGUGUUCUGCAGUAUACUGUAGUGAGGCCCGUCACCACCGUCAUUGCAUUAAUUUGUCAGCUGUGUGGGGUGUAUGAUGAAGGCAACUUCAGUUCGAUAAAUGCCUGGACCUACCUAGUGAUCGUAAACAAUGUCUCUCAGCUUUUUGCCAUGUACUGCCUGGUGCUGUUCUAUAAGGCUUUGAGAGAAGAGCUGAGUCCUAUCAAACCUGUGGGAAAAUUCCUCUGUGUCAAACUCGUCGUCUUUGUGUCUUUCUGGCAGGCGGUGCUGAUCGCGCUGUUGGUGAAGGUGGGCGUGAUUUCAGACUCUCACACCUGGGACUGGGACAGCGUAGAGGCCGUGGCCACCGGACUGCAGGACUUCGUCAUCUGUGUGGAGAUGUUUCUAGCUGCAAUCGCUCAUCAUUACAGCUUCACCUACAAGCCUUACAUUCAGGAAGCAGAAGAAGGUUCCUGUUUUGACUCCUUUUUGGCCAUGUGGGACAUUUCGGACAUCCGCGCCGAUAUCUCUGAGCAAGUGCGCAAUGUUGGACGGACAGUAAUGGGUCGCCCCAGGAAGAGCUACUUCUCCCACGAGGCCGAGCAGGAUGAGCACAGGGGCCUGUUAUCCUCCAGUUCUCAUGAUCCCGUUGCUGAGGCCUCCUCCACUCCUCCGUCCCCCUCGGGCAGAUAUCAGGGUCUGGGACACACCACCCCCCCUCACUCUCGCUCGGCCCCCGCUGAACUAUGUUCCACGCCCUGGGACGGAGACGUGGACGACGUGGACGACAUCACGCCCACUGUGCUUACCGGGGAUCCCAAAAACCAGGCACAUUACGCUCAGAUCACUUAGCACGGGUAUAUUUUGUGCUACCAAAGCUGAAGCUGGUAACUGGCAUUAACAUAAUGAGCGCUGUCUGCUAUUCCAACGUCUAAUUAUUUUAUUUUCAGUUAAUGUUUGCAAGGGCUUUUUUUAACAGGGGCAUAUGUGGGAUUUUAAAUGUUAAAUCUGUUUUUAUGUUUGAUUUUAUCAUGCUGUUUUAAUUUUUCUAAAAGACUUAAAUGAACUGACAGACAUGAAAGCACAGUGUAAUUAAACUUAAACGCAUUUAGAUUUUACUGCAUCAAAGAAUAGCGGUUGCUCUGCAGGACAGCUAAUUUAAACUUUGCACACUGUACAUGACUGAAUGACACUAAAGCCCUAUUCAGACUGGAUUUGUUUAUAAGGGGGACGUUUAUCUGACCUACAAUUUUCACUAGUCCCCUCCCUCGCUGUCCAGCCUGGAAGUCAACAGCAAUCUCCAUUCUGACACACAUAUGCAAGUUUAAGACCUCACGUGAAACAUGAAGGGUAAUCAAAUCCAACACUAGAAGAAUCCAAACCAUCAACACAUACCUCAAACAGAUUUUACACAUGACGUGGUUUAACUAAAUGCCAAUCAAGAUCUUAUGGUCAUGAAGUUCAGACCUGAAAAAGAAAGUGGCAGUGGGUCACGGGGAAGCGGAAGCAAAGACGCCCAAAACAAACCUGGAGACCAGUUUUGCUUUACACUUACACUUGAACUGGAUCAUUCAAACAGCCUACACUGGUACAGGACACUGCAUCCAUUGGACACUGAUCAGGAAGCUGGAGGAUCUUGAGUUUGCAAAUGAUCUGGCCUUGUUGGCACACAAUCUUAUUCAUAUGCAGUUAAAGGAGGCUGUAGAGUACGGAUGACUGAAGAUCCGUCAAAAGAAGACGGAACUCUUCAGAAAUAAGCCAGCACUGCUAGGGACGGAGAGCUAAAGAGUUGGAUGAAUUUGUAUGAUUAGCAAGACUGGUGAACAUUACAGCUAGACUCAGAAAAGUCCAGCAGUCCCAUUCUGACCUUCAUCCAGCUUAAAAGUCGUUGUACGCCUCCGAAACAUGAAGAGUAAUCCAUUCCUACUCCACCAGAAACCAAACCGUCAACAGAUGCCUUAGACAGAUUCUACACCAAGUCCAAAUCAAGAUGUUAUGGUCAUGAAGUUCAGAUCCAAAGAACAAAGAGGCAGUGGGUCACAUGGAAGCAGAAGGAUACCCAAAACAAAUCUGGAGACACAGAUUGCUCCCAGAAUUAAAGGCAUCAAUCCAGACCUGUGGGAAAACCAAACGUACCCAUGCAGUGGAGAAUGAAGGAGUAGAGGUCCAAUGUUUCACAAGGGAUGAAAAGACUUGAACAACAUGGUAAAAAAAAAGUGAUACAAAAGUAUCUGGUGACCCUUACUUUGCAUGCUGACAGUAGCUGUCAUUAUAAUAGAUCCUUUAAUCGGUCAUGAAGGUUACACUCUUCAGCGACUUUAUUUUCGUUCUCUUGUUAAUGCUCUUCCAGUCCUGAGAGAAUGUAAAUAAAGCUGCACCACCCCGACCAAGAGAAUUGUCAAGGGACACUGUUUUCACUCUUCUUGAACUGAUUACUAUGGUUAUGAACAGCAGACGAGUAACUACAGUGAGUACCAGUGGCCAAAAUCCUCUUCUCAUGUAACUACAAAUGUAUGGAGAUAUUUAUCUUAACUCAAAUAAAUUCAAAUGAUCUAAGAUAAAAUGUUUAAAAACAAUCAGGCCGCCACUGGAUACUGCAGGUUGAUCUCUCAGAGGAAGAAGGGGAACAACCAUAGACAAAUAAGCACCAGUAAAUAUGGUACUUACCCUGAGUCCCCUGAUCUACUAGUUAAAAUUCAUAAAGGUUUCAAUUCAUUCUGUCUAUAAAUGUUUUUUUUUUUUUUUCUUAAUCAAGUCUCUAUACCUAAUCUGUUCACCAUAUCUGUUAUGUAUGGUCACUUUUGAUGUUUCCUCUCUGCUGGGAAAUAAACAGAAAAUCUGAUCAUUUCUAACUCAGGAUUAA